UUAAAUGAAUGCAUGAUGGGAUACAGUAACCUGGGUUUCAUCUGUGUUUUGUCUUUGUUGAUUUUUACACUCCAGGUAAAGACAACACCCCAGUAUGCCGCAGUCAUUGAACAGAAUGCAACAACUCCAAGGACCCCAAGUGUGUUUCUGAUGAAGGUCUUUCCAAAAGCAUCGACCGGUUUGCUCAGGAGAAAGAGGGAAUGGAUGAUUCCCACCGUCAACAUCCCAGAAAACGAUAAAGGCCCUUUUCCAAAGGAAGUAGUGAAGAUGAAGUCCACCGCAGCUGAUUUGAUGAAAAUGGUUUAUUAUGUCACAGGCCCAGGAGCUGACCAGCCUCCCGUUGGUCUGUUCAAAGUGCACAGAUAUUCAGGAAUGUUGUCUGUCACUGACAAACUGGACAGAGAGGAAACUAAAGAAUACAUCCUAACUAUUCACGGCUCAUCGGAGAGCGAAAACUACAUUGAGAAACCUGCUGAAAUCAUCAUAAACAUUAUUGACCAAAAUGACAAUGCACCUGUCUGUACCCACAAUCCUUUUAGGGGAGAGGUCCCGGAAAGGUCAAAGCCAAAUGUGUCUUUCAUGCAAGUGUCAGCGAAGGACUUGGAUGAUCCAAAUACAUUUAAUGGCAUAGUGCGGUAUAAACUGGUGGGACAGGAACCCCGCGGUGAUGCGUUCCGCAUUGACCCUGUUACUGGAAACAUUAGUCUAGCCUCCGUUGGCAUUUUAGACAGAGAGACUUAUCCUUUGUAUAAACUGCACGUGGAGGCUGCAGAUUUGGAGGGACAUGGCUUUUCCUCCACUUGUGUGGUUUUAAUCAAAGUCACCGAUAGCAAUGAUCAUGCCCCUAGAUUCAGCCAAAACAUUUAUAUUGGUACGAUGAAAGAACAUAAAGUAGGGGAAAUCGUUGCAAGGUUGACCGUCACGGAUAAAGACGAACCUUUAACUGCAAACUCAAUGGUGAAGUUCACCAUCAUCGAUGGCAACGAGAAAGGAGUCUUCAACGUUAGCACCGCCCCCAACAAGAUGGAGGGAAUCAUCACAACAGUAAAAGGUCUGGACUUCGAGCAGGGCAGAAACACUUUCGUUUUGCUUGUGGUGGUGGAGAACACAGUUCCCUUUGCUGUUCCUCUGUCCACCUCGACUGCCACUGUCUCCAUCACAGUGGAGGACGUGAAUGAGCCGCCCAUCUUCGAACUCUUAAAGAAGCAGGUCCACGUGGCCGAGGACCUCCCGGUGGGCAGCACCAUCACUAACUACACAGCAAAGGACCCAGAUACUGCUAGACGACAGAACAUAAGAUAUAAGAUGCCAAAAGACAUAGCUAAGUGGUUGGAGAUCGCAGAAGAUACUGGACAAAUUAAAGUCAGGAACCCCAUGGACAGAGAGGCUUCGUUUCUAAAAAAUGGAGAAUACACCGUCUUAAUAGAGGCAUAUGACGAUGAUGAUGAACCAGCCACAGGUACAGGCACACUGAAAAUCCAUCUGAAAGAUGUGAAUGACAACGCCCCAUUUUUGGAGCACCACAGAGCCCAGAUGUGUUCAACAGAACCAGAACCUGUCCUAUUGACCAUUACAGACCAAGACGAGCCAGAAAACAGCCUUCCAUUCCAUGUAGAAGUGCUCAAUGAAUAUCAAAACAACUGGACCGUCGUCGUCAACUCCAGCGAUGCUGUGUGGCUGAAUCCCCUCAGACAUCUUGAUGUCGGCGAGUACCGCCUGUUGCUGCGUGUGUAUGACUCCCAGAUGUUGUUUCAGGACAACUCAGUCACGGUAGAGAUGUGUGACUGUAAAGGCCGUGAUGUCAUAUGCCUCGCUGGCGUGCGUGCUGCGUACGUCUCCACCCUGUAUAUCUAUGCGUUAGCAGCCGUCUUUGGCCUUCUGUUGCUGCUAUUGUUGCUUUUACUUUUUCUGAAGAGAAAGAGCGGGAGGAAGCAUAAACUGUUUAUCCAGACAGAUGACAAUGACAGGGACAAUAUUUUAUGUUACAAUGAGGAGGGAGGAGGGAAGAAGACACAGGAUUAUGUUAUGAGCUUGUUACACUGCGGACCACAUGUUUUCAAUACAAACAUCACUCCGACAGAUUUCUUCUAUCGGCAACAUUGUGAGGACAAUGCAGAUAUUGGAAACUUCAUUAAUAAUAAUUUGAACACUGCAGUUGAUGACCACCGUUUGGCGCCGCGUGACUCUUUUCUGGUGUUUGGUUAUGAGGGUGAGGGAUCGAGCGCCGGAUCUCUCAGCUCUCUGCAUUCGUCCAGCAGUGACGGCAGUCAAGACUACCAGCAUCUGCAGCAGUGGGGGUCUCCCUUCACAAGACUCGCUGACAUGUAUGCAGGAGAUGAUGAGUGA